CCAUGGGGGGGUGGUUGUGGUGCUUCGCGACAGCUACGGGAUGUAUUGUACGCUCUGGUUGGUGGAUAGCUGAUUAAUUCAUCGCCUUGGUCGUCGUCCAGUCAUCGGCGCUGUUAUUGUCAGUGUCGCCGUAUCAUUGACCCUUGCAUAUCAGAUCUGGGGCCCGAGACAGAGUUGUAACCACCACAUGGAAUAUCCGGGGAACCAGGCCUGACAGCUUGGGAAUUCAAAGGAGCGCGUCAGGACAAAGAUACGGACCAAACUGUUGGUGGCAGCCUCACUCGUCAAUGUCACCACCAUCCAUCAUGGUGAACAUCAAUCAAGUCCAAUCAAAACACCGCUAUCGGACUUGCAAACUUUAGCCGGGAUGUCCUGCCUCAGCCGGGUAGCCUAUAGUUCACCGGCUCAUCACUGCUACCCACUCCCCGGCUUUUGCUUGGUGCUGCGGGGAUGUGGGCAACCAAGAUCUUCAUCAGUCCCACUCAUUCCGCCCUCGGGAUCCGCUACGACGUACUGUGUAAAUGCCAUGUUGAAGAACUCUUCAUUCCUACGCACACUGGCCGAGGUCUCGCUAUGUACUCCUCGUUUUCCUUGAUCAAUAUCUGUUUCUUAGUCGUUCGCACUUGCUUGGUUGAACCUUUUCCCCAGCUCUAGAUACCCCGGAUUGUACUGGCAAUCCCCUUGCUUUUCUUCAACUACCGACACCAUGGCCGAAACUUAUACCGUACCCUUCUUCAUCAACGGCGAGGAAGUCCGCACGUCCAGGACUUUUGAUGUCACGUCCCCAGCAACCCAAAAGGUUGUGCACAAGUGCAGCAGCGCUACGGAUACCGAGGUUCAGGCUGCCGUGAACGCCGCGGCAGAAGCUUUCAAGACAUGGAGGAAAUCACACCCUAACCAGCGUCGUGACCUUUUCCACAAGGCGGCCGAGAUCUUGGAGAAGAGAAAGGAGGAGUUGGGCCAGUACGUGAUGGACGAGACGGGUGCUCCACGCCAAUGGGCCGACUUCAACAUUCAGGUUGCAAAGGACUUGUUGAUGGAUGUGGCCGGGAGAUGCAACACGCUGGAAGGCUCGUUCCCCGUAGUCAACGAUCCCGAAUCGGGGGCCCUCGUCUUGCAGGAGCCCUAUGGCGUUAUUCUCGCCGUUGCCCCUUGGAACGCCCCCUACAUUCUCGGUAUCCGCUCCAUCCUCUACCCCAUCGCCGCCGGCAACACCGCCAUCUUCAAGGCCACCGAGCUCUGCCCACGCACCAUGUGGGGCCUCUGCUCCGUCUUCCACGAAGCCGGCCUCCCCAAAGGCGUCCUCAACAUGCUCGUCCACGAGCCCGCCAACGCCCCGGCCAUCACCAGCUCGCUCAUCUCCAACCCGCAGGUCAAGAAGGUCAACUUCACCGGCAGCACUGCCGUCGGUCGCAUCAUCGGCCGCCUGGCCGGCGAGAACCUCAAGCCCGUGCUGCUCGAGCUAGGCGGCAAGGCCUCGGCCAUCGUCUGGGAGGACGCCGAGCUCGACAACGCCGCGACUCAGUGCGCUCUGGGCGCCUUCCUCAACUCGGGCCAGAUCUGCAUGUCCACCGAGCGUAUCCUGGUGCACAAGUCCGUCCGCGCCGAAUUCGAGAAGAAGCUCGUCCGCGCCGUCGAAAACAUCUUUGGGCCCCCGACGCCCGCUCCGAUCCUUAUCAACUCCCUCGCGGUCGACAAGAACAAGAAGCUCCUUUCGGAUGCCUUGUCCAAGGGCGCCAAGCUGCUGUACGGCAACCCUGACGCCCAAGAAGAGACCACGACGCGCAUGCGCCCGGUCAUUGUAAGUGGAAUUACCACCGACAUGGACAUCUACAAGACCGAGAGCUUUGGGCCCACGGUGGCCGUGUACGAGAUCGAGACCGAGGAGGAGGCGCUCAGGAUCGCCAACGAUACCGAAUACGGAUUGACGAGCGCCGUGUUUACGGAGGACUUGAGAAGGGGGUUGCGCAUGGCCAAGGAGAUCGAGACGGGCGCGGUGCACAUUAAUAGCAUGACGGUGCAUGAUGAGGCGACGCUGCCCCACGGCGGCGCGAAGGCGAGCGGAUAUGGGAGGUUCAAUACCAGCAGGGGUUUGCAAGAGUGGGUUAAGAGUAAGACUGUCACUUUCAAGUUUUGAAUUCGAGUUGGCGAAGUAUGGGCUGGGUAGAUGAGGGGGGAAGUCUGGCGAUGUGUACAUUUUGAAAGGGCAUCGCGAGGUCAUCAUCAAGAGGGGGAGAGAGGAAGGCAGCAGUGCAAACAAGCGUGCGUUGAUAGAUGUGUGUUUGAGCGAUCUACUACUAAGUAAGGCUAUGAUGGAUAAUGGGAUCUCGUGGGAAUCGCUUCGUACGCAUAUAUUCGCCUCAGUAUGGGACUAGCCAUGGUGUUUAUGUUUUGUUCCUUGACAUGUACAAAGGACUACCGCUACUGUAGUGAUCAUCGCUCUUCUCUCCUUUUCCCC